AUGCUUACGGAGCAGCCAGAUUUUAUGCCUUCAGGAGACGGCUCCGAAGUGCGCUGUGUUCUCUGCUCUCCUGAAGAGGGAGGACCAACAAUUCGCAAGAAGAGUGUGGCGGCUCACAUCAAGGGAAGGUCCCAUGUGGAAGCGGUAGAGGAGCAUGAGCGCCGAGGAGCUCAAGUUGCAGCCAUCGCCGAAACACUCAACCGCAGAGAACAGCGAAGGGCUGAGGCUUCAUUGGCACUGCAAUCAAUUAACUUGAUACAACCUAGACAGCCUGCUUUAGCGAGAAAUGCAUCCAGCACAGCAGAAGAGGAGUUCUGGGCUGACUUCUCACAGGAUCCACACGCGUUCACGUUUAAUGCCAGAGAGGAUCCUGAUUUGGCAGCGGCAGAGAGUCAACGUCAACUCAAGCAGAAUGCAGAGGCCUUUGGAAUCUGGAACGCCCAUUCCACAGCUCAGGACCUAGGCUUCGGGAAUGAAAGCCCUGGCUCUGAUCCAUUCCUCGAGCUUCGCCUUGGCUCUGAGGACCCGGAUGAACUUCUAGCAGACCUUCUUGCCAGCACCGAACUGGACCCGCCGUCUGUAGAGGAUGCAGCUAACUAUGAGCUGCCUGCUUUUGCGCCAAGUGAUGCUGAUGCUGCGUCGUCAAACCAAUGGGCUCCGUAUGAGUCAAAGACAUUGACACACUCUUGUAUUACAGAUGUUUCUUCUUGA